AUGUCCUUGUUACAUGCCAAGCAUGAGAAGUUUUUCAAUAGGUGUCUAACCGCAUUGCCUUCUGGAGCAGCGUCGGAGGAUUCAAAUAAAUUGGCCAUUAUUUUCUUUUGUCUACAAGGACUUCAACUUUUGAAGAAAUUGAACUUCAGCAAAGAGGAGUGUCAGUAUCACGAGAACUACAUCUGGGAUCUGUUUUAUAUUGAAAAAGAGUCAUAUGCCACAUAUAGGUCAACGCUGUAUUUCAGUAAUGCUGGAGAGGAGUACGAUUACGGCAACAUAUCCGCUUGCUUUUUCGCAUUGGCGAGCUUGGUAACUUUACGAUCAGAUCUCAAGCGAUUGAAUAGAACAAAAAUUAUCAAAUAUUUGCAAAAGUGUCAAGUCAAUGACGGGCCUGACAAGGGGGGCUUUGUACCGUUUUUUAACGAAUAUGGCUUUGGAGAACCCGAUCUAAGACAAUGCUAUAUGGCUUUGCUCAUACGAAAAUUGCUUCUCUCUAGGGGAGAUGUUCAAGAGGAUAUCGAUCUAGAAUCACUACAGAAAUUUAUUCUAAGCAGGUUGAGCUUAAAUGGGGGAUUUAGCUCUAGGGUACUAGACGAAGCACAUCUAGGUUUCACGUUCUGCGCCAUCGCAUCGCUUAAACUUCUAGGGUACCCUGUGAAGGACCUCGCAAAUACUCGAAAUUGGCUACUACAUAGGCAGAUCAGUUACCCUGAACUGCUAUUUUCAGAUAUCGAUUAUGAUUAUUUUAAAGAUCUGGAUACUGGUGGCUUUAAUGGAAGGGAGAACAAACUUGGGGACACUUGUUACUCUUGGUGGUGCAGUGGCAGCUUAUACUUGAUGAACCCUAAAAGCAUAUCACUUCUAGAUAUACCUCAAGCAGAGAACUUUCUUUUGAACUGUACUCAGAAUACCAUACUAGGUGGAUUUUCUUCAACAUCGGAAGCAACGCCGGAUCCUAUGCAUUCAUGCUUAGCACUUGCAAGCUUGUCACUUUGGGAUUACGAAAAGUACAACUUGGAUGAAAUUGAACCGGCAUUUGUGAUGUCGAAAAAGCAGUUAGAUCUGUAUACUCUUCCAAAGUAA